AAAAAUAUUUCGCAAAUAAGAUAAGAUUUAGGAUGAGAAUAUUUUAAAUAAAUGUUAUCCCAUUCCCAAUUCGAUAAAAUAGGAAAGAUAUCUGUCGCAUUUACUAGUUGUCAGAACGAAAUACUUGUAUAUGGAAAAUGUAUAUCUGAAAAUAUAAAUAUUAAAAAAGAUACUUGCUCUAAAGAAUUUCACAAUCUCAAAAAUUGUUUUUUAAAAAGGACAAAGAUUAGAUAGUUAAACAAAGAUCUUUCCUAAAUUAUCCUGUGGUUGCCAAUAACGCGCUUUCCUUUUUCCACAAAGUAAACGAGUAACGGUAACGCGUCCAGACUAACGAGUAACGUGUUUUUUGAAAUAUAAUCAUUUGUUAGUAUACCCACAAAUAUUCUUCAAUGGCCGAAUUUGUGCAAUUGCGCUUAGAAGAAAGUUUAAAUGAAUUUGAAUCAUUAAAAAGUUGUUUAUUAUUUGAUACCAAAGAGGUAAACGUGAUUAUAAAUCGGAGGAGGGGACAUGAAUAUAAAUUGCGGCGAAAACUUAAAUCGAAAAGUGAUUAUUUAGAUUACAUUAGUUAUGAAAAAAAUCUAUUGGCUUUGGUCGAAAUAAGAAGGAAUAAAUUUACCGUCAAAAAAUCCGGUCUUGAAAGCUCUAAUAAGAAAAGUAAUAUAAGCAGCCAAAAUCCAUGUAGAAAAGCUCAUUUAAAAGAAACUUUGAUAGAACGCGGUAUAGUCAAUAGGAUUCAUAGGAUAUAUAGAGAAGCAUUAAAGAGAUAUCCACAAGCCUUAGAUAUAUGGAAAGAACGUUUAGAUUUCGCCAAAGAAAGAGUUGCCGUGUUAGAAGAUAUUGAGAAUGGUCUAAAAUUAAAAAAGGAAACCAAGCUUAAAGGAAUUAAUAAAAAUAGAAUUUUAGGAAAAAUUGAGAAGGUCGGCAAACGUAUGGCUAUAGCCGAGGGUAAAGUUACUUCAAUUUAUGGUGAUCUUAUAGGUGUUCAAUCCAAAGAAGUUUGGAUUUGGGCUGAGGCAGCGUCGUGGCAAUUCGACAGAGAUAUGAGUUGUAUUGAUAAAGUCAGGAUGCUCCUAAGAAAAGCUUUAAGAAAUUUUGAAAUCGAAACAGACGAAGAGGACAAAAUAGUACAUAAUCCAACAUCUUCAAAAAUAAAUAACGGCAAUACUAAUACAGCUCUCAUAUGGUUAACUUAUUUUAGAAUAGAAAUGUUAUAUUGUCAUAAAAUGAGGAAGAGAUCCCAAAUAUUAUUUUUCGAUAAUAAAUCAUCCAAAUGUACGCAAUCUAACAAUAGCACAUCGAUCAAACUAGUAGUAAAUGCUGCUUCUGAAACACAACAGAUCGAUCAAGAUAAAAUGGAUAUUGAUAUAGAAACUAGAUUGGAUCCUAUCACCAAUGGCGAAAUGAUUUGCCUUAUUUACAGACACGCGCUUACUUCCGAGCUCAAAUCUAGGCCCCAAUUUGUGUUAGAUCUCGUUAAUAUAAUCAAGGAAUACUCUUUUGCCGAAAAAUUAAUAUUACCUGGGUUUCUAGAGUUUAUAAAUGCCAAUCAAAACAUCUACUAUUUUGUUAUCGCUAAAAUAAUCCUCACUGUAAAAUAUGGUGAAAAUUUUACCACGAAUAACGGCGAGAUCGAGGGAGAUGGUGGUUCAGAUAAAUUAUUAUCGGCUUUGCGGAUUAUUCGAUGUGCAUUAAAAAAUCACGACAGAGAACAGAUAGAGAAAUUUGUAUUAUUUUGUUUAGAAUUUUUAUUUGAACAUAAACAAAUUUUCGUUGAUCAAACUAUAAUUGAUUCUAGUGUCAUGGAUCAUUGCAAUACCAUUUUCUUAGAGAUCGGUGAUAUAUUAUUGAAUCAGUUAAAUUUGCCAAAUUCGCAAUUUUGUUGGGAAAGGUUUUUGGGAUUUUUACAAAUUGUGUACGAAACAUCGAACGAACUUCAUCUUACUGAGCAUUUAACAUUUUUUAAAGGGAAAAGAAAUUUUUUAAGGCAAGCUAUUAAAAAAAGUAUAGAGUUAUAUCCGAAUUGUCCUCUUUUUUGGCAAAUUUAUAUAAAAUAUAAUAUCAACAAAAUAAAUAACGAUGACUUGCUUAGGAUAUUUGAUAAUGCCUUACUCAAUCUGAAAGAAAAUCAAACACUAAAUAUAUGGCUCCUUGUUCUACGAUGGGCAAACGAAACAUCAUUUGAAAAUAAUCUUAUGAUUCUAGAUAAUCAAGAAGGCAAAGACCAAUUUCAUUAUUUAAUCGCCAAAGCUUUGACAACAUUAUCAUGCUCGGAAGUGUUAGUGCCCAUUAAAUUAUUUUAUUUAGAAUAUCUAUGGGGAAAGAAAGGAAUAGACAGCGCGUCGAAAAUAUAUGAGGAUUGUCUUCGAAAUAGACCAUACACUUACGAAUUGUUUCGUAAAACUAUAGAAUUAUUUAAAAUUUCUCUAAAUUUGUCCACCAAAAAAUUUCAACAUGAUAAGUUACUCGAACAAAUCUUUUGUGAUGCCUUGCGAAAUUUUGGUCAAGAAGAGCCAACCUUAUGGAUGGAUUAUAUUAUAUUUAAGCGUGAACAAAAGAAUUAUAUGUUUGAUAAAGAUUAUUUUCUCUAUGACAAGGCAAUUAAAAAUUUAAAUUUAGAUAAAAUUGAGGAUUUUAUUAAAAUGUAUACCAUAACAAAUACUUACAAAUAAUAAUCAUAUAUCCUGUAAAUUAUUUUCUAUUUGAAUGUUUUUGAGAUCCUUGUAAUAAAAAAGAUUUCUUGACGUA